AUGAGGCCACUUACAAUAAUUAGUUUCGUGUUGUGUUUUGUACCCACCUAUCAACAAUUUCCCCGUCUGUGUGCCACCCGGGAGGCCUUGCGCACUAAGGCGUGCUGCCCGCCCUGGGAAGGGGACGGCUCGCCCUGCGGAGCCAGCUCGGGUCGGGGCUUCUGCCAGGAUGUGGAGGUGACGGAGCAGCCAGACGGGCCGCAGUACCCCUUCUCCGGGUUGGACGACAGGGAGAAGUGGCCCUUGGUUUUCUACAACCGGACUUGCCAGUGCGUCGGGAACUUCAUGGGUUUCAACUGCGCGGACUGUAAGUUUGGCUACUUCGGAGUGAACUGUAACGAGAGGAGAGAGUCUCUCAGGAGGAACGUGUUCCACCUGUCCCGGGCCGAGAAGAUCAGACUUGUGUCCUACCUGAACUUGGCCAAGCAGACGACCAGCAGGGACUACGUUGUGGUCACCGGAACCUACCAGGAGAUGGAGAACGGCUCCAACCCAAUGUUCGCUGAUGUGUCCGUGUAUGAUGUGUUUGUGUGGAUGCAUUACUACGUGUCCCGAGACGCGCUGCUCGGCGGCCCGGGGAAUGUGUGGACAGAUGUGGACUUUGCCCACUGGGCGCCCGCGUUUCUCCCGUGGCACCGUGUCUACCUGCUACACUGGGAGCACGAGAUCAGGAAGCUGACCGGGGACAUGAGCUUCACCAUCCCCUACUGGGACUGGAGGGAUGCCCAGGGAUGUGACGUGUGCACGGACGAGCUGAUGGGGGACCGGAGCCCCCAGGAUCCCAGCUUUCUCAGCCCAGGCUCGGUCUUCUCUUCUUGGAGGGUCCUGUGCUCCCGAGCAGAGGAAUACAGUAACAGAGGUGUGUUAUGUGAUGCCAGGGAAGAAGGCCCGCUGCGUCGUAAUCCUGGAAACCACAAUCGGAAUGUGGUUGAACGAUUACCAACUUCAGCAGAGGUGGAGUUCACUCUCAGUCUGCCCAACUAUGACACCGGAGCCAUGGACCGCAGUGCCAACAUGAGCUUCAGGAACACUCUGGAAGGAUUCGGGGAUCCUCGGACAGGAAUAGGAAACAGUUCCCAUAUGGGCAUGCACGCUGCUCUCCAUGUGUUCAUGAACGGAUCCAUGUCCUCAGUGCAGGGCUCAGCCAAUGACCCCAUAUUCCUUCUCCACCAUGCUUUUGUGGACAGCAUCUAUGAGCGAUGGCUUAGGAUGCACAGACCAUCUCCAUCACAGUAUCCAGACUCGGAUGCUCCUAUCGGGCACAACAGUGAAUACCACAUGGUGCCGUUCCUGCCCCUCCACAGAAACAGAGACUUCUUCAUCUCCAGCAAGGACCUGGGAUAUGAAUAUUCACAUCUGCUGGAUGCUAACCAGAGGCUAGAGGAAUCCAUGCGCCCUUACCUGGACGAUCUGCAGAAUGUGUGGCCCUGGCUGCUGCUUGCAGGGCUCUGUGGAGGGAUUGUAGCAGUGAUCAUAGCUGCUGCCGUCCUCACUGCAAAACGUCGAUACAAAGGUGCGCCUUGGCUGCAUGACAGAAAGUGGAAAAACUUUUUUGCUCUCCCAGAAAGACAGCCACUUAUCUGGGGCAGCGACUCAGAGGACACCAAACACCCUAACUACCAAACAUCUAUGUGAAGGAACAGCUCGCCUAUUAAAGCAAUGUAAAUUAUACAUUGUAGGCUUAUUGUAAAGAUUGAAUAUGUGUUACUGGCCAUGUAUUUAAACUGUAUUAAACGAUUUAAAAAAGCA